AUGGAGGAAGAUGCUUUGGGUUCGAGGAGGAAUUCAGCUGAGCAGGACUUGUCGCUUGGGCAGUUGGAUAGCGAAAGCAGCAGUGUUGCGAAGCAUCUGGAAUCUGCCAACACAAUGUUUUCAUUUAUAUGGUGGAUCAUUGGAUUCUACUGGGUCUCCGCUGGUGGCCAAGACUUGGCACGAGAAUCCCCACGGAUUUACUGGUUGUCUAUCGUCUUUCUUGGUUUCGAUGUGUUCUUUGUUGUCUUCUGUGUUGCACUGGCCUGUGUUAUUGGCAUUGCUGUUUGCUGCUGCCUACCAUGCAUCAUUGCAGUUUUAUACGCUGUGGCAGAUCAGGAAGGGGCUUCAAAAGAAGACAUUGAGCAGCUCACCAUAUUCAAGUUUCGAAAAGUAGGUGAUGUCAACAAACAUGCUGGCGAUGAAGCCCAAGGAAACUCCGAGGGAGUGAUGACCGAGUGUGGUACAGAUUCACCCGUUGAACAUGCUAUUUUGCAAGAGGAUGCAGAAUGUUGCAUCUGUCUCUCUGCAUAUGAAGACGGAACAGAACUAAGGGAACUUCCUUGUGGCCACCAUUUCCACUGCUCAUGCGUAGACAAAUGGCUAUACAUAAACGCGACUUGCCCACUCUGCAAAUACAACAUCCUCAAGAGUAGCAACUUGGAUCGAGAGGAAGUCUAG